AUGCCGUCUCUUCUGUUGGUAGUCUUCACACUGCAGUUCGUUCUCCAUUUGGUCAAUACUGUAGGAGCAAGCACUGUCGAUGAGCUGCUAUGGGUUCUUUACAACAAGCUACCUACACCGACCUCAGGAUGUGCGCAAAGAUGCGAGGCACUCAAGAAAGAGAUCGUGCAGCUGAAGCGUGAACUUGGAAACACGUCGGCGCAAGACAACUUUGGCAAAUGGGCGAAGCUCGAUCGACAGCACAACAAAGCCGUGGCUGAGUACCAGAAGCUGGAUGGUUCUCUGCGCACUCACCAAACGACCUUCAAUUCCGCCGUCAAGACCUUGCGCUUCCUGGGUACACAAGGCCUCCGCUUCGUCCUACAAUUCUGGUUUGCUAAGUCGCCCAUGUUCUGGCUGCCGGCCGGCUGGGUGCCAUAUUAUGUGGAAUGGAUCUUGAGCUUCCCGCGCGCACCUUUGGGCAGCAUCAGCAUUCAGGUGUGGACUGCUGCUUGCGCAGCCAUCAUUGCGCUGGCAUCGGAGGCGCUCGCAGCCAUUUGGGUGCUUGCAACCAAGAAGCCUACCCCAACAGCGAAGCAACAAGAGAAAGAGCCUAUGGCCUUCAAGGCAGACCAACAGCCUGCGUCAGACGCUGGAGGAAAGAAGGAGCUCUAG